AUGCUUGAUUUGGCCAAAAUAAACCUGCUGGUCGUAAGCGAAUCUCAACUUGCUCAGCUUGCUGUUAACAUGUAUGAAGUCUUGCAUCCUCAAUUAGUAAUAGAAGGAUUUCCACUAAAAAUUCAAUGUACUGCCAGUUGGUAUUCAAAACUAUUUUUGGGUACAUCGGAUGGUGCAAUUCUUGCUUACGAAGUUUCAGAUGAACCGUCCUUUACAAUUAUGCUUUCCGAGGUAUCCAAGGAUUUCUCAAAAAAGCCAAUUGACAGCCUUGUGGUUCUUCCAACAAGCAAAUCUCUAUUAGUUCUUUCAGAUUCCUUGCUUGUUAUGUGCGACUAUAAUACACUUUUGUUACCUUCGACACUUCCAAAAACAAAAGGCUGCUCCUUUAUUCAGGCACGACAGAGUGCUAUUGAAGCUACAGCUGCAACUCAUGAUCAAUUUGCAGCUAUUGUUCGAAAAUCAAUUAUCAUAUUUACUGCCACUCAAUACGAAGUUGUUCAACUCAAGGAGAUUAAACUAUCACAUAUACCUGCCAGUUUAAUCUGGUCUGGAGAUGAUACCAUUGUUUUCCCAAUAAUUGGAGGUGUAUUCUAUGUCGAUACACAGUCUGGAAGCGUUAGUUCAAUACUUACGUUGGAGCAACUGGGAGUAUCACGUACAACCAAGCCAAAAUCGCCGUGCAUUAUGGUACAAGCACCUGGAGAUUUAAUGUUCUUUACGUUGGAGGUAGAGGUGCGGAGUGUAAAGUCGGGUCAGAUACUGCAAUCCAUUUGCUUACCAGAUUGCCUAACAUUACUUCCAGGGCAACUUAUUUUCGCUGCAAGCACCUACAAUGUGUGGCGACUACUUCCUCUUGAUUUUGAAGAUCAAAUUGAUGAGCUUGUAUCUGAAAACCGAUUUGAUGAUGCGCUUAAAUUUAUUGACGAGCUCGAGUUUUCAAGAAAGGAAGACAAGAUAUCGAAUAUUACUAAAGUACGAGCACUUCAAGCACAUUACAUGUUUACCGAAGAAAAGUUGUUUGAUGAUGCGUUGGAAAUUCUUGAAACUUUAAAUGCAUCUCCGUUGGAUGUGUUGGAUUUUCUUCCUGCUCUAUUUGAAGCUGAAGUGGACUGGAAUGCACCUAAUGUUGAUCUUGAUGCAGUCAGUGCUAUCUCAGGAUACCUUUUGCGAGAACGCGCUCGUCUCGCAAAGUAUUGUUUUCAAAUUAAAGACACUUCUAAUACACCAGUUCAGUCUACAGAAAUAGCAUCAGCAGAACACUUUAUUGCUAAUGGCGAACCUUUUAUGUCUGACACACCUACGCAUGAUGACGUUCACCAUUUGUCGGUCAUUAUCGACACCAGCUUGCUUAAAGCAUAUCUAGCAUUGAAUAGUCCUCUUCUUCGAUCUUUGGUUCGGGUAGAUAAUCACUGCGAUAUAGCCACAGCAGAACUUCUUUUUAAUCACACAAAGAAAUUUGAUGCUUUGAUAGAUUUAUAUUUUGCAAAGCAGCUACAUUUGAAGGCUCUCGAGUGGCUUGCAUCGAAUAUUGAUUCAAAAGAUUCAGUAGUUCCUUUGGCACAGUACCUUAAGCGGCUCAGUUUAUUUGAACAAAUGCCACUAGUUUUUAAAUACACCCCUCUGGUAAUAUCUAAAAACGCUGACUUGGGACUAUCCAUAUUCACUGAAGAUAGAAAUCAGCUAUCACAGGAAGAUAGGGCUCGAGUAUACGAAUUUUUACUAGAUUGCGCUCCAUUGCUGGCUGUUAAAUAUUUGGAACAUGUCAUUUUUGACCUUUCAGACACAACGCGCUCGUUCCACAAUGCUCUUGCAUUUGCUUAUUUGAAAAAAACAGAACUGCAUACGGUUUCGGAUGAUACCACUUUUCAUACAAAGCUGGCAGAGUUUCUUUGCUUUUCAACCAACUAUGAUCCUGAAGCAAUCCUUUUACGAAUGCCAUCAGAAGGACUGUUGAAUAUUCGUGCAAUAAUAUACGGACGUUUAAAGCGGCAUCAGGAUGCCCUGUUUAUUUACGUUACCAAGUUGCAUGACUACACGCUUGCUUGCAAAUAUUGUGAGGAUCAGUACAAUGUUUUAGACUCCGAGUCACUACAUGUUUUCACUAUUCUUUUUGAGCUACUAAUGAAAGCCCCGAAUCGUACAUUUGAAGAGAAUAUUGUGUUUCUUUCGACCUAUGCAGAUAAACUAGACUCCACUGCGGCCUUAAAGCUUCUCAAGCCUGAACUGACAUUCUCAAUGCUUGAAGAGUUUUUAUCAAAAUCUCAAGAAGCAUUGAUUGAUACUAAAAAUAUGAAUGUUGUGAAAACCGCAAUGUUACGAUCAGAGCGUGUUCAGCUUCAACAAAAACUGCUUACAUUGCAGUCGAAGCGAGUAUGCAUCACAGAUGAAAAUAUGUGCAACGUGUGUUUUAAACGGAUAUCCAACGCCAUGUUGACUCAUUUUUUGGAUGGAUCCGUGGCGCAUGCAUAUUGUAUCCGUUAGUUUUAUAUCCUUGUUAUACAUUGCGGUUAUUAAUAUAUUUUUAGUUGAUAAUCAUUGAAUA